AUGUCUGCCGUUCCUGCUCUUGCCCUCGCACCUUCAGCCAAGAAGAGACCACGCACGGAAGAUGACAUUCCCACCCUCCCCCCUCCAGCCAAGAAGAGACCGUGUGCGGAAGAGAAUGUCACCACCCUCGCCCUUUCAGUCAAGAAACUCGAGAUCAUCGAUAGCAUUGCGGGCCCUAGUCCGAGCUACACCACAGACGACGAGGCCGGUGCUCUCACGAACGCCAAUCCAACCGACGUGAAUGCGGUUGAUGAGAUGGCGGAUGCGAACAUGAGCGAUGACGAAGACAGUGACUUAGAUUCUCUACCGUGUGAUCGAAGCUCGUGGGGCUCGAAUUCACAAAUGAGCUUCAGUUCGGACUCGAGCGACGACGAGGGUGAAGAGGCAAUGCCGAUCCAGCCCUUCGAUAGGGAGUAUAUCCCCCCCGACGAUGGUUACGUAGGAGUGUCAACCAGUGAUGUUUCGGGGUGGCAUGAGCAGCUGCUGGAUGACAAGGAGACAAGCCACCUGUUCUACCUGGAAGGUUGCGUCCGACUGCAGAGAUGGAAGCUCCUCAAGCUGUUGGACGCCACCGCGUCUGUCCCGGGCCCGGUGAAGACGGAUUCGCUGAGCUUGGCCGACGCAAAUAGAAAGCCGAGUGUCUCUCAAAAGGGAGACUUUGGCGACUCGUACGGCGGCCGCGCGGACUAUUUCCCGUACCCGUUGGGGCCCGGCGCAGGUGAGAAGCCGGCUGUCGUUCAGUUCGGGAUCUUUGGCGGCUCGCACGGCGGUCACGCGAACUAUGUCCCGGACUGGAUGAGGCCCGAAGUAAAGGGGAAGCCGAGUAUCUUUCACCAAAAGAAACACUUUGGCGACUCGCACAGCGAUCGCGCGAACUGUUUCCCGGACUGGUCGAGGCCCGACGCGGCGGGAUUGGAAGCGGCCGCGAAUGGCUCGCGACUUCAGCCAGAGGCGAUCAAGCUCAUAGUUGACUUCUUCCACCGCCGUCCGCACCUCAACCGCACCGAGUGCGAAGACUACUGCCUCAAGAAAUACCUGGGAGAGGACAUCGGAUUCGCACCCUGGAAGUGGCCACUCAAAGUGCACGCGUACCCCUCCGAGUUCCAGUUCCCCGACAGCUACAUGGUCGAGAUCAUAGAUCCCUCCGUCUCCAUCCCUCCCCACAUGACGCUGUUCUACAUCACGCCCAAGACGCUGGACGAGGACCAACUCGCCCAGGCCAGAGAGGCGUACGACCACUUCGUCCCGCAGUACACCUACGUUGGGCACAUGGACGUGGCGGGCAAACACCGAACGAAGCUGUUUGUGUGGCGGAUCGAAGCCCCCGUUGGACGCCCCAUCGCGGCCGACAUCGACCGGCUCGGUCUGCGGGUCAAUCAGGAAAAGUACCUCAACAUCAUGAAGCAUUUUGUUGACUUUGUGUGCAAGCCGCUGCCGCCGAGAUGGGAUCAUCGUGGCCGCAACCUCGACACUGGCGAGAACUGGCCCAUGGUGCCGCACAACCCUCUCCUCGACGUGAACAACAUCAUUGUCCGGCCCGACUGGUCAGGCAUCGCCGGCGUGCUCCUCUGGGGGGCCCCGCCACUCAAGACCCUUCCCUUUGGCGCUUCCCUCUCCGGCCUCCUGCGUCUAGAAGGAGUCCCAGACCUCGAGGACGCCGGGGAUGAUCAACGAGUUUGCGAAAUCACUCCUUCCAUGUUUGACACUUACAGCCGUAACGGGCGCGAGUUGGAGCGUUGCUGUCUGUACUACCUGCGGGAAAAAAUUCCGACCCUCGGCGACGACCCCUUGGCCUGGCACCGCCUGUUCAAGGCCAUGCGCGACGGCACCGCGGCGGCGGACAACACGUCCAAGAUCGAAAGAAUCUGUCACGAAGCGCAGGUCGAAGACCUAAGGUGGGAAUGGUUCCGGCUUGAGAUAGAGGCUGAUAUCCCCGAUGACGAGAGCGACGUCGCAAGUUGGGAAAGCGGAAGUGGAGAAGAGAGCGGCGAAGAAGAGAGUGACGGAGAAGAGGGUGGCGACGACGUGGACAUGGAUAUGGACUAA